AUGAGCGACGAUUCCAACCGCGUGACAACGGUGGAAUCUCUGAGGCAUCGCCAUUCCUUAAAGCAACUGGAGUUUGUCUUGACGUCCGAAACUCCCUUUGCCGAUUUGGCCGAGGAGAUUCGCAACCACAACGAUUUUGGGGGCGCUGGGGUCCACGACAUUUCCAUAGUAGUACAGUCUUCAUCAUCAAUACGGAUAAAUUGGGACGAUGCCAAGAGCUUGUUUGCCGCCUUGGGGGAAUUGACGCAAUUGCAGUCCAUUACUCUGACGGGAUUGUCCGAGUUUCCAUUGUGCCGAUUGACGCAACUCUUGACGCACAUCCAACGAGCACGGUCACUGCGAUCCAUUCAUGUGCGCAACGUGCAAUUUGCUACUACAUGUUCUAGUACCGGUAGUAAACAGCAGGAAGCGAUUGAGUUGGUCGCCGCCUUGGUCCAUCUCAAACGACUCCACCAAUUUGAAUGGCAAGAACGAAUCAUGGACAACAACAGCUGCAGUGUCCUCAAACAGAAUUUCUACAUUUGGAACGUCAUCUUCCGACAAUCUCAACUGGAAUAUGUGUGUUUACAAGAAACCUCUGGUCAGCCUUCUUCCACAACAAACACCAUCCUGGGACAAAUUGUGCGUCGUGACGCCGUUGAAAAACUCUGCGACUCUCCCCGUUUGGAGGAGUUGACUCUGUUUCACUUUUGCAUUGGGGCCCAUGCACUCACCGGCAUGGCCCACAAGCUAUGUACCAAUCGCAAUCUUCGAGUCUUGAAUUUGGAUUUGCGUUUCACGGGCCCACCGGGAAUUAUGGCGUUGUGGAACAUGCUCCAAACGAAUGAAAGCAUCAACACGUGCGAAUUGUGGAUUCCCAGCGGCUCGACCGCAUCGCUGCCACAUUUGGCCCAAUGUCUGACACGGAAUACCACCUUGUUGGUAUUGGUCCUCAAGAGCAGUAAUACUAGUGCCAUCUGCGCCGUGUCCGACAAGGACGCUCGCGCCUUUGUCACCCUGUUGGAAGGAAACCCGUUUGGUCCCAUUACCUUGGACUUGGAUCAAUACACAGGUCAGUAUGCUCCAUUGAUUCAACUCCACACUCAUCUCAAUGUCGAACGAAACACAGACGAGUCGCUCGUCCUGGCGGCAUCACCCGAAACCGUCACGCAAACGAUUUGGAAUUGGUUGUUGCUGACCGCCGUCACGGCCGAAAAACCCGUAUCGUCACUCUAUCGAUUCAAUGCCAUGUUUCAAAUACUCUUGCAGUAUCCCACUGUCAUGACGGACUGGAAUACAAUCGAUGCCAUGGCAUAA